UUCCAGUUUCAAACAGAGCGCCAACUCACACCGUAUUAUACCUCCGCUUUUCUCAAACCGUAUCGAGGACGCCGUGUCUGUGAUUUAUUCGGUGUUUGUGGGUUGUUUUUUUUUAAUAACCUGUUUCAACCAAGGUGGAAGCUCUUCUGCGAUGGCAAAAGGAGAAGGUAGUGAACAAUACUCCAACACCAGCUUGUUGAAUAAAUCGAUCAAUUCAGAUGAGAAACAGCUGGCCAGAAAGUAUCAAGACAAAAGUAGGUUGUCGAUCUGGAACAAGAUAUGCUAUGCCAUCGGUGGUGCACCCUAUCAGAUGACUGGAUCUGCCCUGGGUUUCUUUCUGCAGAUCUAUCUACUUGAUGUUGCUCAGUUGGAUCCCUUCAAUGCCUCUAUUAUUCUGUUUGUUGGCCGAGCCUGGGACGCUGUUACAGACCCGACAGUGGGCUUCCUCGUCUCCCGGAGUCCAUGGACACGUAUUGGGCGGAUGAUGCCCUGGGUCCUACUCUCCACGCCUCUGGCUGUGCUCACUUAUUUCCUCAUAUGGUGCGUUCCUCCCUUUGAGAAUGGAAAAAUCAUCUGGUACCUAUUCUUCUACUGCUUCUUCCAGACUCUUCAAACUUGCUUCCAUGUGCCUUAUUCUGCCCUCACCAUGUUCAUCAGCUCGGAGCAGAAAGAGAGGGACUCUGCCACCGCGUACAGGAUGACGGUGGAGGUCCUGGGGACAGUGCUGGGCACAGCUAUCCAGGGGCAGAUAGUGGGCAUGGCCAAUGCUCCCUGCCUCCGAGUAUCCACUAACGGUUCAGACCAAGGCAAUUUCUCACUAUCCACCGGCCACAACGAGUCAGGCCCUGUAAUUACCUUGCAGCACACGAAAGCAGCUUACAUGAUUGCAUCUGGCGUGAUCUGCUCAAUCUACGUACUUUGUGCCAUUGUCUUAUUCUUUGGCGUCAAAGAACGAAAAGAGUCGAGUCGAAUCAAGUCGUCCAUGUCCUUCUUCCAAGGGAUUAGGCUGGUGAUGGGGCAUGGACCGUAUGCCAAACUGGUCAUGGUCUUCCUCUUUACUUCACUAGCUUUCAUGCUCCUGGAAGGGAACUUCGCUCUGUUCUGCAGCUCCACAUUGGGCUUCAGAAACGACUUCCAAAAUAUUCUGCUGGUUAUCAUGCUCUCGGCUACUCUGUCCAUCCCCUUCUGGCAGUGGUUCCUGACUCGCUUUGGAAAAAAGACUGCAGUUUAUGUUGGCACCUUGUCUGUGAUUCCUUUCCUGAUCCUGGUGGUGUGUAUCGACAGUAGUCUGGUAGUCAGCUACAUCGUCUCCCUGGCUGCCGGGCUUGGAGUGGCUGCAGCCUUCCUGUUGCCCUGGUCCAUGUUGCCUGAUGUUGUUGAUGAUUUUCAAGUGCAAAACCCAGACUCUACUGGCCACGAAGCUCUCUUCUAUUCUUUCUACGUCUUCUUCACCAAGUUUGCCUCUGGAAUCUCCCUGGGCAUUUCCACUUUAAGUUUACACUUUGCAGGCUACAUCUCUAGAGGCUGCUCUCAACCAGAAGCAGUGCACACGACCUUAAAAGUGUUGAUUUCAGCAGCCCCGGUGGUCCUCAUCAUAAUCGGCCUGGCAAUUUUGUAUUCGUAUCCGAUCGACGAGGAGAAGCGACAACAAAACCGCAAAUGGUUGCAAAAUCACAGGGACAGCGAGUCAGAUUCACAAACUGAUUCAAAUGAAACAGAUGUGAUGAUCUAGUAUGGACCAAUCAUCGACUGGCAUUUUGCACUGGGCAGGACCGACGCCACAGGCCUGUCACACUGUACAGACACUGCCUUUCCUAGCCAACGCUGCUGCUGUUCCACGUACAGAACCUGAUCGACUAAGGAGCGUGCAACUGUGAGCCACGCUGAGGCCUUGAAGAGAAAAGUCCUGCCCUCUGUAUAUGUGACAUUUUCCUAGCAUGCCUUUCUUUUUAUUUAUUUUUUGGGUAUGUGUUCUCAAAAAGCCUUACCUUUUUGUGUAACGAUUUACCUUUUGGGUACUGCGGGAAAAUAAUUUUUUGAAAAAUUGUACUCUCUAUUUCCGUUAUAAUUGCACAUAACAGUGAAAAGUGUUGUGAGCAUGUUUUGACAGCUUUAUUGGUGCUACUAGGUGGAAGGGAGCCAUUUCUAUUCCUUUACCACCCUGAACAGUAACAACUCUGAGCACUAUGUUGACAGCAACUUUGUAAUUCUGACACUUAUGCAUUGUGAGAAACUUGAAUAUUAAUGAAGCCUUAAUUUAAAAAUUAGGGUCUAAAAGUUGAAAACGGACAAACUGACACAACUGUCAGUCAUUUACUAUCUAUUCUGAAGAUGUUUAAAUGUAUUCCAGUUUUUAUUUUCCACGUAGUUUACAGAAACCAGUCAGCCAGUCUGUUUCCCCCUCAUUUCCAUCCCACUGGCAGUUUUUUAUCUUGGUGUAUUUUGGGGAAAGCUGUAAUGUGAAUUUG